AUGAACAGCUCCCAGGCUAUCUACUUCGCAGGGGGAUUACAGUCCUCAGAGGUGGGCAUGGAGAUCACUGUCAUUUUACCUCUGAUUCUGACCACAAUUUGCCUGGUGGGAUUUACAGGGAAUCUGCUCCUUAUUGCUAUCCUGCUGCGUGAUUACAGGGAAGGUAAAUGUUCUGCAGUAAAUUGCUUUGUCAUCAACAUCGGGGCUACAGACCUGUUGCUGAUCCUGUUUUGUAUCCCAGUGCAGAUAGUCACUUAUGCCAAGCAGUCCUGGGUAUUUGGGAACUUUGUUUGCAAAACCACAGAGUGGUUCCUCCACAGCUGUUUAAUAGUCAAAAGUAUCACCCUCGCAGCCAUCAGCCAAGCGAGAUACAGACAUGUGGUCACCCCCCCAAAAUUCAUCAGCUUCAAUAAGAAGUACGUUUUCAUCAUUCUGUUUUUAAUUUGGACUUUUUCUGUUUUGCUUCCUCUUCCACAUUUGAUAUUCACUCACCUUGAGUUGAAGCAGGAGAGUAUGUUUGAAAAGAAAUCAGAAGGGCUCUAUUGCAAUAUUGAUGUUCCGGAAUAUGCCUCUAAUUUCAUGAAUGUGUAUAGCAAGUUGUACCCACUCCUGGUUUAUAUUUUCCCCAUGUUUAUCACAUUUUUCUGUUACAUGAGAGCUCUAAGAAGGAGAAAAGAAAGAAGAAAUAGGGUACCCAACCCCCGGAUCAUGAGCAGGAAAAUCACUUCCAUGUUGAUGAGUAUCAGUCUCGCCUUUGAAGCUAUGUGGCUACCUAAAUGGAUCGUCUGGAUAUGGGCAAGGCAUAGUAGCUUCGGAGCACUGCAGCCCCCAACUGCCUUAAUGGUUCUAGCCCAAGUCAUUCUGUUUCUUAACUGUACUUUGAACCCAGGGGUGUUCUUAGCUGUGUCUGAUGAAUUUCGAGAAGGUUUCAAGAAUAUUUGGAUGCUUCUCAGAUGCAGAAAAUGUGUUGGAACUAGCCACAGCAGAGCAGGGGAAAAUGGAUCUGACAUGGUGACAAGCACCAUCCAGUCCUUGCAGGACUUGCAGACACCAUCUGCGUUACAUCCCUUGCAAGAAUCUAUAAGCAAGGAUGAGAAAAUCCUCCCAGAUGUAGAACACUUUUGGCAGGACCGUAGGAAUACCACAGCUGGAGAAGACAACGACCCGAUGCCCUGGGAACACCAGGCUUGA